UUACACAUCCUCCAGAAUUAAGAAAUUAAACCACCAAGGCCAUGGCUUCCCACAUCUUUCUCUUUUCCACACCUUUUUUGGUUUUUUCCUUUCUUGCUUGUGCUUCCUUCUUUGCUUCUUUUGCUUACUCGGCUAGUACUGGAGCUGCUGAAGUAGCAAAUGGAAGGAAGGAAGCGGAAGCUCUUCUAGAAUGGAAAGUCAGUCUUGACAAUCAAAGCCAGUCUCUCCUGUCUUCUUGGGCUGGAGACAGCCCUUGCAACUGGUUCGGAAUCAGUUGCGACCAGUCUGGUAGUGUCAUCAACAUAAGUCUGCCCAAUUAUAGUUUGAGAGGUACGCUUAAUAGACUCAGAUUCUCUUCCUUUCCUAAAUUGACUGUGCUUAACCUUCCCAACAACUCCCUUUAUGGUUAUGUUCCUUCACAUAUAGGUAACCUUUCUAACCUCUCCUUCCUUAACUUGGCUUUCAAUAGCAUUUCUGGCAACAUUCCACCAGAAAUUGGAAAUUUAGUGUCUCUCAGAAUUUUAGCUUUGUCAUCUAAUAAACUAACCGGUACAAUACCAGCAUCUUUAGAAAAUUUAAGAAACUUAUCUAAACUUUACCUUUGGAAUAAUAAUCUUUUUGGUUCCAUUACUUUUAUUGGAAACCUGACGAGAUCUCUCACCACUUUGAUUUUGUCAUCUAAUAAACUAACUGGUACAAUACCGGCAUCUAUAGGAAAUUUAAAAAGCUUAUCUACACUUUACCUUUAUAAUAAUAAUCUUUCUGGUCCCAUUACUUAUAUUGGAAACCUAACAAGAUCUCUCACCAAUUUAGAUUUAUCAUCCAAUAAACUAACUGGUAUAAUACCAGCAUCUUUAGAAAAUUUAAGAAGCUUAUAUCAACUUGACCUUCAACAUAACAAUUUUUUUGGUCCCAUUAUUUUUAUCAAAAACCUGACGAGAUCUCUCACUAUUUUAGAUUUGUCAUUUAAUAAUUUAACUGGUACAAUACCUGCAUCUCUAGGCAAUUUAAGAAGCUUAUCUCAACUUUACUUCCAAGAUAACAGUCUUUUUGGUCCGAUUCCUCCACAAAUGAACAAUCUUACACAUUUGUAUUCGUUAGAAAUAUAUUCUAAUAGAUUGUCUGGUAAUCUACCACGAGAUGUGUGCCUUGGUGGAUUACUUUCAUAUUUUUCUGCGUCUGAAAAUUAUUUCACUGGACCUAUCCCAAAAAGCUUGAGAAAUUGCAGCAGCUUGUUGAGACUCAGACUUGAGAGAAACCAACUUAGCGGAAACAUAUCUGAAGCUUUUGGCACACAUCCCCAUCUGUACUACAUGGGUUUGAGUGAUAAUGAAUUGCAUGGUGAACUUUCAUUGAAAUGGGAGCAGUUUAACAAUCUGGCAGCCUUCAAGAUUUCUGGAAACAAGAUUUCUGGAGAGAUACCCGCAGCUCUUGGAAAGGCAACUCAUCUACAAGCUCUUGACCUGUCGUCAAAUCAACUAGUUGGGAGAAUUCCCAAAGAAUUGCGAAAUUUGAAGUUGAUUGAACUUGCACUAAACGAUAACAAGCUUUCAGGUGAUAUUCCUUUCGAUGUGGCAUCGCUAUCUGAUCUGGAAAGGCUUGGCCUGGCCGCGAACAAUUUUAGUGCCUCAAUUCUUACGCAGCUUGGCAAGUGCUCAAAACUGAUAUUCUUGAAUAUGAGCAAGAAUAGAUUCACAGGGAUUAUUCCUGCUGAGAUGGGGUCUUUACAGUCUCUUCAAAGUCUUGAUCUCAGUUGGAAUUCCCUCAUGGGAGGUAUAGCACCGGAGCUUGGACAGAUGCAGCAGCUAGAGGUAUUAAACCUCUCCCACAAUAUGCUGUCUGGUCUAAUUCCAGCCAGUUUUAGUAGACUGAAAGGCCUCACUAAAGUGGAUGUAUCCUAUAACAAGCUAGAGGGCCCCAUUCCUGACAUCAAAGCCUUUCGCGAGGCACCAUUUGAAGCAAUUCGCAACAACACCAACCUGUGUGGCAAUGCAACUGGUUUGGAGGCUUGUUCUGCUCUCAUGAAAAACAAAACUGUGCACAAGAAGGGCCCCAAAGUUGUCUUUUUGACAGUAUUUUCUCUGCUGGGUAGUUUGUUGGGCCUGAUUGUAGGUUUUCUUAUCUUUUUCCAAAGCAGAAGAAAGAAAAGGUUAGUGGAAACACCACAAAGAGAUGUUACCGCGAGAUGGUGCCCUGGUGGGGAUCUGCGCUACGAGGACAUCAUUGAGGCUACUGAGGAAUUCGACUCCAAAUAUUGCAUUGGUACUGGAGGGUAUGGAGUUGUAUACAAAGCUGUACUUCCAUCAGAACAAGUCCUUGCCGUGAAGAAAUUCCACCAAACACCAGAAGUUGAGAUGAGCAGCUUGAAAGCUUUUAGAAGCGAGAUUGAUGUCUUAAUGGGUAUACGGCAUCGAAAUAUUGUGAAGCUGUAUGGUUUCUGCUCGCAUGCCAAACACUCAUUUUUGGUAUAUGAAUUUGUGGAAAGGGGAAGUUUAAGAAAGGUACUGAACGACGAGGAACAAGCAGGAAAGAUGGAUUGGGAUAAAAGGGUGAAUCUUAUCAAAGGCGUAGCCAAUGCUUUAUCCUACAUGCACCAUGACUGCUCCCCUCCGAUUAUUCAUAGAGACAUUUCCAGCAACAAUGUUCUUUUGGAUUCAGAAUAUGAGGCUCAUGUCUCUGACUUCGGCACAGCCAGGCUCUUAAUGCCUGACUCGUCCAAUUGGACAUCAUUUGCUGGCACCUUUGGGUACACAGCUCCAGAGUUGGCAUACACAAUGAAAGUGGAUGAAAAAUGUGAUGUGUAUAGCUUUGGAGUGUUAACAUUGGAAGUAAUGAUGGGAAAGCAUCCCGGCGAUUUCAUCUCAUCUCUGAUGUUAUCUGCCUCCACCUCCUCAUCAUCACCAAUUGGUCACAAUACAGUCUUGAAGGAUGUCUUAGACCAGCGCCUCCCGCCUCCUGAAAACGAGCUUGCGGACGGUGUGGCACAUGUUGCAAAACUGGCGUUUGCUUGCUUGCAGACCGAUCCUCACCAUCGGCCAACAAUGCGACAGGUUUCUACAGAGCUUACAACUCGAUGGCCUCCAUUGCCAAAGCUAUUCUCCACGAUGGAAUUGGAAGAUAUAAUGGUUCACAGAAAUGUUAUUGGCUGAAUUUUUACAGUAUACUUGGGCGUUUGUGAAGAGCAACUUGUUUGGCAAAAUGUAAUAUUCAAUAAUCAAGUCUAUGUUAGAUAUUCCGUCCAAAGCAUCAUUUGUAUCAAUUGCCUUCAAUAAUCAAGUCUACAUAUUUUUUU